AACCAGGACAGUGAGAACAACCAGGACAGUGAGAACAACCAGCUCAGAUUAUAUUGUUGGAACCAUCAUUUGCAGCAUAACAAAUGCAACGUGUACAUCUCCAAGUAAAGUAACUUGCCGUAAAAUCGGUUAAUGAACGUAAGAAUUAUGUAAAUGGAUAAAUUAGUGAACUGUCUGUAUAGAAAACCUGAAGCUCUCUUCAGACUUAUCUGCUUUCCCUGGGCUGGAGGUGGAUCCAUACAUUAUGCCCAGUGGGGAAAACUCUUUAAUAAUUCUAUAGAAGUUUACUCUAUACGCCUUCCUGGAAGAGAAACUCGUUCUAAGGAACCUUUUGUGCAGAACCUUCAGCAAGUCAUUGAUGAAAUUGCCAACAUUUUACUGCCUAGUCUUAAAGAGAAGCCCUUUGCAUUUUUUGGUCACAGUUUUGGGGCAUACCUCAGUUAUGCUACAGCAGAGUACAUUAAGAAAAAUCACAGUUUGGAGCCUGUCCACCUUUUUGUAUCUGGUGCUUCAGCACCACAUUCUGCAGCUCGUUUCCCUGUCCAGAAGAAGUCAGACCUCCCAGAUGAUGAAUUCUUGAAAUGGAUGACAUCCAUCGGUGGUACCCCAUCUGAAAUUCUUAUAAAUAAAGACAUUCUGCAACUGUUUGUUCCAGUUUUAAAAGCAGAUCUUAGACUUGUGGAAUUGAUUAGAUAUGAAAAUCCACAGAUGAAGCUCCUCUCCUGUUCUAUCAGCAGCUUUGAUGGAAAAGAGGAUGUACCACAUGACCUUGAAGCUUGGAAAGAUUUAACAAUUGGGGAAUUUACCAUCCAUAAGCUUUCUGGAGGCCAUUUUUACCUCAAGGAGCCGGAUAAUGAAAAGUUUUUAAUAGACUACAUUACCAAGCAUUUAGAAACUGCAGAGGUAGACUAUCUUUAAAAGCGUUUUAGCUUGGGUGCAGUAAUCUCACAACCAUUACAUUGUCUAAGAUUGGACAGCUUUUAAUUACAACUUGAAUUCCUCAUUAAUAUUAUAAUUUUUCUUAAUUUUUUUAAAACAUCUGAAAUGCCUCAACAUUGCAACAACCAGAGGGUAUUUUGAAAUAUGAAACUGUUAUUAAAUAUUAAACUGACAAUGCUUUAACCAAGUGCUUUGUUUUUAACAUUGUAAACAGUCUGUAUAUUUAACAUCAAACAUCAUAAAACGAUUGCAGUUCAAAUGUUAGCAAUUUAUGUCGUAUAGUAAUAGGCUUAACAAAGAUUUACUUUUGCCACUUCAUGUAUCUUGUUCCAUGGAUAAUUAAAUAUAUUCUGUGGUACGAUAUGAAUUUUUAUUACUGGCAAAAAAAUCCCUCCUUUGCUCUUUUAUCACAAACUGAGCUUAUCGAGUAAACAGGGCAUAAUUCUCAGUAUGGCAACAAUGCUCCCAGAUAUACCAUUAUGGAUGUUUUGGGGCAUAAAGUUUAAGAAAGAAGAUUCCAUAAUAUAAUUCACAAAAUAUGUUUGGUGGGAACUGGCAGCUUUGCAUUCUGUCUCUAUAUUGCACCACCUUCAUGCAGUUACACUAUUGUGCUGCAAUUCCACCCUUCAGAAAGUUCAGGGCCAACAUGUUUAUUUAUUCUGUGGUGCUGUUUUGUGCCAUGGACUCUUAACCCUCCUUUCACUGCAAGCUUUCAUAACAUCUUUAUUCGUGCUUGCAAUUGUUACGAACCAGCAACAAAAGAAACACACUGAGUCAUAAUUCAGUGUUAACAACUAUUUUAUUAAUCACUACUUAUAAUAAUACGUAAAAUAAAAGUAAAAAUGUUAGUAUGUUAGAAUUCAAAAAAAAUGUUAAACCUUGAACAUUAACCCCAAAAACUAAACUCUUCAUGUGUGUGUGUGGCAAAGUCCCAAACUCCAAAUUCAGGAAUGGUUCUUAAAGUUCAGUUCCGCAAGCCAUAAGGUGAACCAUGAGCAAAGGCUUCUUCAACAACCACCGUUGUCUGAAGAUAAGACGUAGACGUAGAGAAACAUAGAGUAAUUACAAAGUCCAAAUGUUCCACAAUGAACCCAAACGACACUUCAGUGUUUACUCGGUAGUGACUUCCUCACCCCGAAAAGCAUCCGAAUCAUGGUCGUCCACACACAAAUACAUGUUUCCUUCUACAGGUCAGCAACAAAGUGAACUCCACCAGAUUACUUCCAAUUUCCAUACAUGGAUUUCAGUGGCAGACACAGUUAUUGUUUCCCAUCCAUUGAUAGAGAAAACUAGCAGGCUGGUGUCUCUCUCCCUUCUCUCUCUCUCUCUCUCUUCUUCUGACUUCUUCAACAACGUCAUUACGUCCUUUAUCUUCUAUUGAUGUAAGCACGCCCCACACACACACGCACACACUAUCUUAAAGGCACAUUCACUGAGACCGUAACACAAUUAAACAUCUACAUUUUAAAUGUAAUAUGUUUAUAAGGUAUUAAAUACAUUAUGCCAAUGCUGAUCUACAACAAAAAUAAAGUAACCAUACAUUUUAUAUUGAAUUGAGAUGUUCUUCAUAUUUCCACAAGCGUCAUUUCAGAUGUAAAUGGACCCUGUUUUUUUAAUGUGCAUUAAUCUAGUUUUAAGCUUUCUGAAUUAAAUGAAUACAUAAACAGAUAAUUUGCAUCCGCAUUGUAU